CUAAUUUAGAGAGUUAUAUGUACUCCGUAUAAAAGAAGAAGACUGUAUUCUGUAACUCCAAUUCCAGCUGCUUGGAGCUUGUUUGAGUCUUGCAAGUUUGGUUGUUUACAGAUGCCCGAUUCCAAACCUCAAAGGCCAUAGGGGUUCAUGCUUAUUGCCUCGCAUAAACCUCGGGCCUAGGAAACAUUUUAUGAUUCGGCAUUUCGUGAUUUAUCUUUCCUUUUCGUCUUCUUAUAUUUCGGUAUCUGAAAUUUGAGCAAUUCCAUCGAUCUUAAUGAAAGUUAGGGUUUUUCUUCUCCUCUUUCUCCUUCUUUCUUGGAACCCACCCUUUUCGCAUUCUGAGGAAACCAAAAACAAGUUUCGAGAACGGGAGGCUACUGAUGAUUCCCUCGGCUAUCCAAACGUAGACGAGGAUGAGUUGUUGAAUACACAAUGCCCUCAGCAUUUGGAGCUGAGAUGGCAGACAGAAGUUAGUUCUAGCAUAUAUGCCUCACCACUGAUUGCUGAUAUAAACAGUGAUGGGAAGCUUGAAGUAGUUGUUCCUUCUUUUGUUCAUUACUUGGAAGUUCUUGAAGGGUCUGAUGGAGAUAAAGUUCCAGGGUGGCCAGCAUUCCAUCAAUCAACUGUACAUUCUAGUCCUUUCCUAUUUGACAUUGACAAGGAUGGUGUAAGAGAAAUAGGCUUAGCCACAUACAAUGGUGAGGUGCUCUUUUUCAGGGCAUCUGGCUACAUGAUGUCUGAUAAGCUAGUGAUUCCUCGGAUGAAAGUUAAAAAGGAUUGGCAUGUUGGUUUACUGCCAGAUCCUGUAGAUCGCUCUCAUCCAGAUGUUCAUGAUGACCAACUCAUUGAGGAAGCCCUCGUUGAAUCACUAGCUCGACAAAAUAAAAGUGCUACUCAUGCCGGGAACAUUUCUGAUACCACUGCAGAAGUUCACCCUCAACCGAGUUUUACUUCCAAAGAAACUCACCUUGAAAAAUUGUCUACACCUAAAGAAACUCAACUUGACACUAUGAAUGCUUCAAUUUCUUUGAUAAAUGGAGAUUCCAAUGACACAUUGAAUGCGACAGAUGUGCAAAACCAAAGGGUCAUAAGUGAUAAUCAGACAUAUACUGAAACUAAUAUGUCUAGCCGCAUUACUGACACUUCCCAAGGUUCUUCAAAUGAGACUACUACCAAUGUUGAGAAGGCGCACUCUAGCAGAAGGCUUCUUGAAGAAAAGACUGGUGACCAGGAUGGUCAGGCUGCAACAGUGGAAAAUGAAGGCAGCCUAGAUGCAGAUGCCGAAUCAUCCUUUGAACUAUUCCGAGAUACUGAUGAGCUGGCUGAUGAGUAUAAUUAUGAUUAUGAUGAUUAUGUUGAUGAGAACAUGUGGGGAAAUGAGGAGUGGACAGAAGAAGAACAUGAAAAAACAGAGAAUUACGUGAAUGUUGAUGCACAUGUUUUGUCUACACCUGUUAUAGCAGACAUUGACAAGGAUGGUGUUUCAGAAAUGGUUGUUGCAGUGUCGUACUUCUUUGACCAUGAAUACUAUGACAAUCCUGAACAUUUAAAGGAACUUGGAGGUAUUGAAAUUGGAAAAUAUGUUGCUGGUGGUAUUGUCGUUUUUGAUCUGGACACAAAGCAGGUUAAAUGGAGCACACAGCUGGAUCUGAGUACUGAUACAGGAACUUUCCGUGCCCACAUAUACUCCUCCCCCACAGUAGUUGAUUUGGAUGGUGAUGGAAAUCUGGAUAUCCUUAUUGGAACUUCCUACGGUUUGUUUUAUGUCUUGGAUCACAAAGGCAAAGUGAGGGAGAAAUUUCCUCUUGAAAUGGCUGAAAUCCAAGGGUCAGUAGUUGCUGCUGAUAUCAAUGAUGAUGGAAAGAUUGAGUUAGUUACUGUUGAUUCACAUGGAAAUGUAGCUGCAUGGACUGCACAAGGCAAAGAAAUAUGGGAGAUGCAUCUCAAGAGCCUCAUCCCUCAGGGUCCCACAGUAGGUGAUAUUGAUGGAGACGGUAAUACCGAGCUUGUCAUUCCAACACUUUCAGGCAAUAUAUACGUCUUAAGUGGCAAGGAUGGGUCCAUUGUGCGACCAUACCCUUAUAGAACUCAUGGUCGAGUUAUGAAUCAAGUCCUUCUAGUGGACUUGAGCAAGAGAGGAGAUAAGAAGAAAGGGCUUACAAUUGUUACUACAUCAUUUGAUGGAUAUUUGUAUCUAAUAGAUGGACCGACAUCAUGUGCCGAUGUUGUCGAUAUUGGAGAAACUUCGUAUAGCAUGGUCCUAGCUGAUAACGUUGAUGGAGGAGAUGACCUUGAUCUCAUUGUGACAACCAUGAAUGGAAAUGUCUUCUGCUUUUCAACUCCUUCUCCACAUCAUCCCCUCAAAGCUUGGAGGUCACCUAACCAGGGCCGGAACAAUGCUGCGUACCGUUUCAAUCGUGAGGGUAUAUAUGUCACUCCAUCAUCCAGAGCAUUCCGUGAUGAGGAAGGAAAGAACUUCUGGGUUGAGAUAGAGAUUGUAGAUCGGCAUAGGUUUCCGUCUGGGUCUCAAGCUCCAUAUAAUGUCACGGUAAGCUUGUUGGUUCCUGGAAAUUACCAAGGGGAGAGGACAAUAAAGCACAACCAGAUAUUCGGGAAUCCUGGGAAACAACGAAUUAAACUGCCAACAGUGGGGGUUAGGACUGGUGGGACUGUGGUGGUGGAGAUGGUCGACAAGAAUGGACUCUAUUUCUGGGAUGACUUCUCCAUCACAUUCCACAUGCACUAUUACAAACUCUUGAAAUGGCUUCUUGUCCUUCCGAUGCUUGGAAUGUUUGGGGUUCUCGUCAUUCUUCGUCCGCAGGAAGCAGUGCCCCUCCCAUCAUUUUCACGCAACACUGACUUAUGACGCGCCUAGUUUGUUCACAAUUACAAGUGUAUUAGAUCACAGAUAGGGAUGGAUACUACUGGAAGUCUUAAAUCAGAAGACCCCUACGUUACAGAAGAGAGACAUGCUGCUUUUGACAAGCCUUGCAACGAGUACUGAUGAAUGUGGAGCCAAAGGUGUAAUAUUAUCAUCUUCUGAUGCAUGUGACACUGCAAUUCACAUUUUGAUAAAAGUGUCUAUCUUUUAUACGACAUUAAGCCCUUUGAGACACUUCAGAUCAAUGAGAUCAAGCCCUUUCAUAUCUAUCUAUACAACAUUACAGAUGAAUUAUAGACACCUGAGGAUUGGAUUGCCAUAAAUUUCUCGUUCUUCUGCUAUUUCAUUUAUAAGAUAACUGAAAUAGAGAAGUGAUUUAGACUCGUAUUAUAAUAAGAUUUCCUGACAGAACUAAUAGAGCAUAUUGGUAUCUGGC